AUGAAGAUUAUUUCACAUAUCAUCGACACUGGAGGAAACUUGGUGGUGCCAAUCAAAAAAUAUUUUGGUUAUCUAAGUCGCUAUAAUAGCAACAUCGACAAUCUCAGAGAUCAAUUUCAGAAGCUCGGUGACAAGAGAGAUAGGGUUCAAUUAAAAAUUGGUGAAGCAAAACAGAAUGAAGAGGCGAUUGCUCUUGAGGUUGAGAGCUGGAUAGAAAAGGUUGACAACAUUAGUCAAGGUCUGCAAAUAUUCCUUGAACAAGAUGUCAAAGCAAAUACAAUGGGACUGUGUCCCAAUCUGAAUACACGUUAUUCCUUGAGUAGGAAAGCUAAGAAGAAGGCUCUGGAAAUUGAUGGGGUUUUAAGGGAUGGACAAUUCGCUGAAGUCGUAGAAACUUCAUCCAAGAACGGUUUUAAGGUUUUUGAAUCAAGAAUACCUAUCAUGAAAGAAGUUUUGACUGCUUUCAGAGAUGACAAGAUCAACAUGAUUGGCAUAUGCGGAAUGGAGGGGAUUGGAAAGACAACAAUGGCAAAAGAGGUAGCAAAAAGAGCAAAAGAUGAUAACCUAUUUGAUGAAGUUGUGAUGGCAGUAGUGUCCCAUAAAAAAGACUUGAGCAAGAUUCAAGGUCAAAUUGCAGAUAUGCUAGGUCUGGAACUUGACAGAGAGAGUGUAGUUGGAAGAGCAGAGCAGAUAUAUUCAAGACUAAUGGUUAGUAGUAAGAGUGUCCUUGUAAUAUUUGAUGACGUUUGGGAAGAAGUUAAUCCAAAGGAUGUAGGCAUUCCUUAUGAAGGUGAACUCAAUAGUUGCAAAAUCUUGUUGACAUCAAGAAGCGAAGAAGUCUGCAAUCAAAUGAAAUCUCAUAAGAUUGUUAAAAUUGAAGUCUUAACUGAAGAAGAAGCUUGGAAUUUUUUCAAAGAGAUGGUAGGUAAUUGUGUUGAUACUCCUGAUCUACAUCCAAUAGCAGAAGAGGUUGCAAAGGAAUGUAAAGGCAUACCUAUUGCUAUCGUUACUGUUGGAAGAGCUCUAGAAAACAACAAAAAGAACAAGUGGGUUGCUGCACUUCAACAUCUUAAAAAUCCUAUCACAAAAAAUAUUCCUGGUUUGGAUUCAAUUGUCCAAUCCAGCAUAGAGAUUAGUUACACUUUCCUAGAAAGUGAUGAAGCCAAGUCAUGCAUUUUGCUAUGUUGUUUAUUUCCAGAAGAUUAUGAUAUUCCCAUUGAAUAUUUAGUCAGAUAUGGAGUGGGACAAAGGUUGUUUGCAAAGAUUGAUACUGUGGCAGAAGCAAGAAAUAGAGUUCAUGUAAUGGUUAAGGAUCUUAAAAGAUCAAAUCUGUUGUUGGAUAGCAAUGAAGAAGAAUGUGUGAAAAUGCAUUAUGUUGUACGUGAUGUUGGCAAAUCAAUUUCUAAUGAACAUAUUUUUUUGGAAGAAUGGACAGAGAAAGAUACAUAUGAGAAUUAUGUUGCAAUUUCCCUUGUAUCUCGAGAAUUGAAAAACCAUCCUGAUGACUUGGAGUGUCCAAAACUUGAGCUUCUGCAAUUAUCAUGUGGCAAAUACACCACUAGACAAACACUCCCAACCAAUCUAUUUAAAGGGAUGAUGGGAUUAAAGGUUUUGGCUUUGCAAGGUAUGUCCUUUCCAUCACUACCACAAUCCAUACAGGUCCUUCAGAACCUUCGGACAAUGCUUCUGGAAUAUUGUGAGAUAGAAGAUGUGUCAGCAAUUGGAUCACUUGGGAAACUUGAAAUGCUUAGCUUUAUUGGUUCUGAAAUCAAGGAGUUGCCGGAAGAAAUAGGAAAUCUUAGUCAUUUAAAGUUAUUAGAUUUGUCAAAAUGCUCUACUCUUCAGCAAAUUCCACCUGGUCUACUAUCAAAUUUAACUCGACUAGAAGAAUUGUACAUGGGAAAAGUCUUUGUGAAUUGGGAACCUACAGAUGGCAAAGGAGAGGGAGCCAAUGCAAGCCUUGCUGAACUAACCUCUUUCUCCCACUCUUUGAUGGCUUUACAAAUUCAUAUACCAAACAUCAGGUUAUUGCCAAAAGACUUACACUUCAAAAAUCAAAUGAUUAAAUUUAGGAUAUGUGCAUGUGACAAGCCAAUGAAUUGGAGAUAUGACCACUUAUCUACUUUCUGGGACACAACUCGGUAUAUAUUUAAAAAUAGUUUGGUACUUGGAAGAUUUGCGGCAAGUGAAAUUGCAGAGAGUCGGAUGCUUUGUCAACUGUUGCAAAAAUCUGAAAUUAUAAUUUUGAAAGAGAUAAAAGAUUUCAAAAACAUUCUGUACGAGUUAGACAAAGAGGGUUUUCCAUGCUUGUUGGUUCUAAGCAUUUCAGAUAGUGAAGGUGUAGAGUAUGUAAUUGAUGCCACAUCUCAUCAAACUUCUCGUGUUGCCUUCCCUAUCUUGCAGUCACUGGAACUGAUGGAAUUGCAUAAUUUAAAAGAGAUAUAUCAUGGCCAAUUCCCAGAGGAAUCCUUUAGUGGUGCACACUCACAGCUUGCUUGUUUUCACAACCUAAGAUCUCUUCGACUAUUGGAAUGCAACCAUUUGAAAAAUGUCUUUUCGUUGUCCAUAGCAAGAGGUUUGGUUCAACUCCAACAAUUACACGUAGUUUCAUGUGAUGACAUGAAAGAAAUUUUUUGUAAGGAAGGAGAAGAUGGAAAGGCACUUGAUAGGAUAAUGUUUCCGGAGUUAAGAUAUAUAAACCUAUCUUAUGUACCGAGACUCAUUGGUUUUUGUACAGUCGAGGGUCCCGUUGAUCUUGUCCAACCAUCCUUGAAUCAAGAGGUUGGAAGGAUCGACACUGAUGAAUUGGCCACUAUUAGAAGUGAAAAGAUGACAGACAUUCAGCAAAUUACUAGAUCCUUUCCUGAAUCAACAACCCCCAUCUCUCAUAAAUUCUUUUCAUCCAAGACCAUCUUGUGGCAACCCAAUUUACAAAAACUUGAGGUAUUUGCUCUUGAAGGGCUAGAAGUGAUAUUUGAUCUUGAAGGACAAGAGGUCGACCAUGACGGCCAAAGAAUUGUAGUACUUGCUCGAUUGAAAACUUUAACACUACAGAAUUUAUCUAAGUUGAUGUAUGUGUGGAAGAAUGUUCCACAAGGAAUUCAGGGCUUUCAAAACCUAACAUCAAUUGAAAUAAAUGCAUGUCACAAUCUAAGAUACUUAUUCCCACAUACUGUUGCAAAACUACUUGUGGUACUUCAAAGCAUUGAGAUACGGUGGUGUGACAUGAUCGAAAACAUUGUUCAAAGAGAUGGAGAAGAAGAGGCAGAGGAUAUCAUCUUGUUCCCUAAACUUACUUCCUUCCAUUUAGGUUUUCUGCCAAAUCUCAUGAGUUUCUAUAUCGAACCUUAUUCUUUUGAAUGGUCAUCCAUGAAUCAGAUCUAUCUGUCUCAUUGUCCCAAAUUGAAAACAUGUGGUUCGGAAAUUCGAAGCACAAGAAAGCUAAAGAAAAUUAUAGGGGAAUUGGAUUUGAUACCCCAAGAGCAAGGCCUUGAGUGCGCUCCGCUUGGCAAGAAUUAUGGUCCAAUGGUUGUGUCUGAACAAGGCACCACCAAGAAAUCUGAAGAAAGCUCAUCUAUGAAUAAAGAGGGUAAUUUGACUAAGGUGAAGGAUCCAAGAGCUAAUGACAUCGACAACCCCUCUGAGAUGUGGUGUACUUUUCCAUCCCAUUUGAUUGAGAGCUUAAAGAAUUUAAAAACGAUUGAAUUGAGUAGCUGUGAUUCACUGGAAGUUAUAUUUCAACUUGAGGAACUAAAUUUUGAGGAAAGUCAUGUGGAAUCAGUACUUGAUCAGUUAAGAAAAUUGAAUCUGUAUAAUUUACCAAAUCUGAUGCACAUAUGGAAGAAGGGUCCAGAAAUAAUUAUGGGCUUCAAAAACUUGAGAUUGUUAGAAGUAAGUGGAUGUAAAAGUCUGACAUACUUGUUCUCACCAUCCAUAGCAAAAUUGCUUGUGAUGUUAGAGGAAAUAAGAGUUACUAGCUGUAAAAAAAUUGAAGAAAUCCUUCAAAGAGCAAGAGAAGAAAAGGAAGAAAAGGAAGUUUUGUUCCACAAAGUGAACUCAAUCUUGCUCAGGGACUUACCAAAUCUAAAGUGUUUUUGCCCUGAAACUAAUGCUUUUGAGUGGCCAUCAUUGAAGGAAAUAACGGUAAUUGGAUGUCCUACUUUAAGCAUGUUUAUUCCAUCUAAUCUAAAGACACCUAAGCUGGAGGGAGUAUAUGAUGAAGUUCAAGUUCCAUCUUCACCAUGGGAUGAAAACAAACUAAGAAAUUGUCAAUGGAAGGGAGACCUCAAUGCUACCAUACAACACAUGUUUAAAGGAAAGGUAUGGGUCAUUCACACCACAUCAUCUCUUUAA